ACCACGACUCUUCCCACCCUUGUGCGCGCACCUACCUUGAUGAUGCAGCCUUCGCUGGAUAUCAAACCCUUCAUGUCCUUCCCGAUGGACAGCAGUUCUGCUGUCGGAUUCUUCCCAAAUUUUAACACAAUGGAUCCUGUGCAAAAAGCAGUUAUAAAUCAUACAUUUGGAGUGUCCAUUCCCCCAAAGAAGAAACAAGUCAUUUCUUGUAAUGUCUGCCAGCUUCGUUUUAACUCUGAUAGCCAGGCCGAGGCCCACUACAAAGGAAGUAAACAUGCCAAGAAGGUCAAAGCACUAGAGGCAACGAAAAAUAAACCAAAAGUUGGUUCUUCCAAGGACAACGCAAAGGCUAAUACAACCUGCUCCACCACGCCAGUCACAGCCAACCUCUCUGACAAAUCAGAAGAUAAAGGGAAAGCAAAAUCCAAUAGUGUGAGUCAGCCUCCCAGCACAGAAGUGGGUCCUUUUCUUCCCAAGCCCGGAGGGGCAGCGAUGGCACCUGCAGCCUCUACCCCAUCCUCCAAGAGCACAAACGGAGCUCCUGCCACAGCUUCCGAGUCGGAAGAGGAAAAAGCCAAAAAACUCCUUUAUUGUUCAUUAUGCAAAGUGGCUGUGAAUUCCUUGUCACAACUAGAAGCCCACAAUACGGGCUCCAAGCACAAGACAAUGGUUGAGGCUCGAAAUGGUGCUGGUCCCAUUAAGUCUUAUCCCAGACCUGGAUCCCGGCUGAAGGUUCAGAAUGGCAGUAAAGGCUCAGGACUGCAGAACAAGACAUUUCAUUGUGAAAUCUGUGACGUCCACGUUAACUCAGAAAUUCAGCUUAAACAGCAUAUUUCCAGCAGAAGACAUAAGGACAGAGUUGCAGGAAAGCCGAUGAAACCUAAAUAUAGUCCCUACAACAAACUUCAGCGCAGCCCGAGUAUUUUAGCAGCAAAACUUGCAUUCCAGAAAGACAUGAUUAAGCCGCUGGCACCUGCUUUCCUCUCCUCUCCUCUUGCUGCGGCUGCUGCUGUAUCGUCGGCUCUGUCCCUUCCUCCCCGUCCUUCUGCCUCCCUGUUCCAGGCACCUGCGAUUCCCCCGGCUCUCCUCCGGCCAGGCCACGGUCCCAUCCGUGCAACACCCGCCUCGAUCCUCUUUGCGCCCUACUAA